GGGAACCCACCUUCUCAGCAUCAGCACCACUACGACGUCACGCGCACUGUGCCGCAUAUCCGUGCUGACGUGCCUUGUCAUCACGUUGGGCAGGUAUCGGUUUGCAAACAUGAUACAAUUCGUUUAACCCCCAUUGCCUUAUUUAGACGAAUACACAGACCAGUACAUUGACUUGCUAUGUACCGGAUAUAGGCCUACACCACGUAUUAUUGAUGUUUUUGUGACGCACGGCAGGAUACAGUGAGGUAGUCGUACGAUCAAAGCACACACGGGAUGCCCGCGUUACUGCAGGGAGAAACGAGGCUGGCGGGUGGUGGUGGUGGAGGGGGCUGCGAGUGGACCACCGCAAAACUCCAGUGAUGGAGACGAAGAGAGGAUAACAUCCGACGAGAAACUUGUUAUGUUGUCGCGAGCAGAAGUAGCAAUUUGAACGUCGCUUGAAAAUAUUUCCUCGCGGUUUAUAUUGACAUGUUCAUCUGUACAUCCCGAAGGACGUGCAUCGGUCACACGCUCAUAACUUGAUCCAUAUUUAUCCUCUCACGAAGACGUGGAUCUAACACAAGGAGGACAAGCGAGCGCUCACAUCUUUUAGAUGGUGCUGCUUUUUGCAUAGAGGAUCGCUAAAAACCAAGAGACUCUUUUGGGCUCCGGUGAGUGGAUCAGUAGGCGUUUAAUGGGCUGGGGAUCGGCUCGUCUACGUACAGGGGUUUUGGGCCUGCUUCGUACGGUUACCGCAAUGCUACGGGCUGGCCAAUAUGUAAGACCGGAGAAAGGAGGAUGAAAGAUUGGGAGGCAGAUGCACUACAAAAAAAAUAUAACAAGAUUCUGACUGAUGCAUGAAGCGAUACCCGUUCUCUUUUCUAGCGUCUCUGACUAACGAGCAGAAGGACCGUGGCUUUGUAAGUGGAUAGGGUCUGUGUCCAUACACACACCUACAACCGAAUAUAACGGGGAGGGGUGGGGGGGGGGCGAUUAUCAUACUCCAACAUUCUGCUGAGCAAGUUCUUGGUCGGACCCCCUCCGUGUGACUUGGACGACAGCCCCAAGCCAUGGUGGUUGGUGCAGAACGGAGGCACCUGCCAGCGGGAGCCUUGGUGCAAUAUUGUGACAGAGAGGGUUCCUCAAGCCAACACUGAAGUAAACACCUGUGCCACUCCCUCCCCCACCGCCCCCCCUAAGCUGCGUUCCUUUUACACAUCCCACCGACUGUGUGUGCGUCUACACGGAGAGAAGAGUGGCCCCUUAAGCUGUCGGAGGGGGCGUUCUAUACCAGGGAUAACAUUUAGGGCUAGCGGAGGCGGCAUGCCUUCCCCCUCGGACUCCAGCAGCGUGGCUUCGGCCUCGGGUUCCCGGGGAUGGUCAGACAGCCGGCGGGGCAUGUCGGGCAGGGGGCAGGGGGGGGCACGGCUCCUGCUGUACCUGGGCCUGUGCCACCUGGGCCUCGGGGCCAUGGUGCUGGCCUUCUCCUUCACCAGCAUGGCGUUCACGUCCUCCGCACGUGUGCGACAGUCCUGUCCCUUCUGGGCCGGCUUCUUUGUCGUGGCUUCGGGGGUCGUGGGAAUCAUCUCGUGGAGAAGACCCCUCACUCUGGUGGUAUCUUUGUUCAUGCUGCUGUCUGCAGUGUGUGUCAUCCUCAGCCUGGCUGGCUCCAUGCUCUCAUGUCAGAACGCACAGAUGGUCAAGUCCAUGCUCACCUGCCAGGUGGAGAAUGGCCUGUGUGUGUGCUGCGCACCGACCCACUCCUGCUCCAUCACCGAGGAGGACACCCUUGUGCUCUACCUGAACGCUGACUGCCACUCGGUCAGACACCAGCUCAAGGACCUGCUGUUCAGCGCGUGUGGGCUGAGCAUUCUCUCCACCAUCAUCUGCACCCUGUCCACCGUGACGUGCAGUAUCCACAUCUUCUCCCUGGACCUCGUGCACCUGCUUGCACCUCAUCGCACUCGCUCCGUCAACCCAGAAUGCACCACUCCCCAGGAUGCCUUCCUCACCAACAUCAUGGACUUUGAGGAGUUUGUCCCGCCCAUUCCCCCUCCCCCCUACUACCCCCCGGAGUACACCUGCAGCUCAGAAACAGACGCUCAGAGUAUCACCUAUAAUGGCUCAAUGGAGAGCCCCGUUCCUCUCUAUCCCACCGACUGUCCCCCGCCGUACGAAGCUGUGAUGGGACAGAGGGCGGCAAGCCAGGCAACAGUGUUCGACACCCAUGGCACUGAGCUGUCUGGGGAGAGAGUCACGUCCACUGCCUUCAGCGGAGAAGUGUCACUAGACAGUGGGUCUCUGCUGAUGUCGGAGAUCGUGGACAUCCCUGACGACUCCUCCCCCUCGGAGGACUCGUGUCUGAUGGAGAUUGGGAUGAGGAGCCAGGGGGGGAGGAGCUACAGCACCGGAGGUGAGGGGGGUCGGGGUGCGGGGGAGGCGUCAGAGUACGUCAGCUUCCGCGGGCCGCCGACUGUGACACCAGAGAGCCCUCUGGCGGGGGGGCCGCGGGCCAGGCGGUUCUUCAGGGGGGAGAGGUCCAACUCCUGCUCCUCCCCAAGUACAGCUACCCCCACGUAUAGGUCUCCAUUAUUGCGACGCCAGGCCAUUCUAGCCAGUAGUUGCUCACAGCUGGAAGUGCUAUCAGCCGCCAGCUCUAAACAGCACUCGUCCAUCCCAGAGAUCAGGCUGGGACCAUCCUCACAGUUGUCCCAAGGGUCUGCUUCAGUCUCCUCAGCUCUGCCCAACAAGUCCUCCAUCUCCCCUGGGGAGCGGCAGGUCCCGGGGGGGCUGGCUCUGCCCCUCCAGCACCUGUUCCUGCGACGGAGGGGUGGGAAGGGGAAGCAAGAUGCAGCGGCGGGCCGAGAGAGACUCAGCGAUGGGCUCCUGUCUCCCUUAGUCAGGUCUCAUAGUGACCCUGGUCUCAGCAGCUCCAACAGUACAGUUGACUUUAUCGGCUCCGAGGGCAGUAAGGAGGGCUCACAGAUGUCCACGGACAUAGGGCCGUCCUCUGAGGCCUUCCUUUUGGGACACCCUACUUCCCCCCCUGAAGGAACCCUGCCCAGCAAGGGCAGCCUAAAGGAGGCCGCCACAGGGUCCCCACUGCCCCCCAAAAAAAACACCUCACCGCUGCACUUACCUAAAGAUUACCACCGAUCCCUAGGAGACCUCAAGGUGACCCGUGUCCUGGUGGCUCGGUUUCUCCAGCGCUCCAGGAGGAACCUGGCGCCCUCUUCUGAUCAUACGGGCGGCCCAGGCAGCCAGGGGACCAAGAGGAGGGCUGGGGCGGAGGGCCCCCCGUCCACCCACCUCCCCCUGGAGCAGGUGAUAAGAAGCUCCUUUGGCUCCAGCCGAGGUUCUUCCAACCCCAACCCCCACAAUCCCCAUCACCGUGGACACAGCCAUUCCCACAGUGACAGCCGACACAACCGCCGCGACAGCAUCCAGGCCCCGGCGUCAAUGGGGAUCCACCUGCGGAGCUGCGGGGACCUGAGCUCCUCGUCCUCCCUGCGACGACUGGUCUCGCCUCAUGCACCGCACGGCUCGUCUGGAGCACUCUACUCAGAAUCUGCCCUGUGAAGGAGGAGGAGAAGACGGGGGGGGGGGGGGCUAGCUACAAGCAGACAAAACCAGUGUUUGAUAUCAAAGAAUUGAGGCAGGAGAAAAACACCCCCUGUUUAAUGACACAGUAUAGGAUGAGGGGGCGAGGGGCAGAUUAUUUAGCAGGUCAGCUGAAGACAUUUGGCCCUCUGAUUCUCUCUACCAUCUCUGCAAAUGGCCUUAUUCAAUGGUGCUCCAUCGCACCCUCACUGAACACUGCAGAAGAGGUAGGUCUCCCAGCAGUAGCUGAAGGAGACCCCCAGAUGCCUCUUGCUUAAUACGGCUCUGCUCCAUGUGGAUAUUAAAGAUGAUUAAAAACCCAUCACCAUCCCCCAAGAGCAAUAUAGCACGACUAAACCGUCUCCACCUUUGUACGCAGAAAAUAUCAAGACUAUACUUCAUGAAGGAAAAGCCUCUGUAAACUCUCUACCCCCCCAACAACCACAUACAGUGGGUUGCUUAUUAUGGGCUGCAGUAUGCAGCUGGCCCCUUUUGUACAUUUCUACUUAUCCAGAGAUGCUCUCAGGUUAGGUUAUCAUGUCAUCCCUCCUUAAUUUGUCUUCCAUCGGAACAAAAGAAAUGUAUCCUCGUGCACUACCCUAUCCACACUUUGUUCCCCCGCUUCACAAUGCAAGUACUGCAGAAAAAACACUUCACAUGCGACUGGAUGCUCAGCUGAUUACUGUUUGCUACUUUUCCUUUUCUAAUAAUUUCACAAUCUCCACAGGAAUUCCAGACAAACCAGCCAUCUGUUAAAACAUUAUGUGUGCUCAUUCCACCACAUUAGUAACAGGCAGUGAAACAGAAUUUCCUUCCGGAAGGCUUCUGGAUGCAAUGUUUUUAUUUAAAUAUAUGCAUGUUUUUUUGCCUUCAAAAUGCAGGGAACGUGUGCAUUGUUAACAUCAUGAGCAACUGCAACAAUUAAUUUUCCUCUGAAUGUCUAUCUGCAUGUUUUGACAAUUAUUCUUACUUUCUCUGUCUUGCACCCAAAGUCUUUGAUUAUAUCCAGAAUAGCGUGGUGGUACAAUUAAGUGAACUUAAGUGUCUGAGUUGAAGGAGCCUAAAGGAAUUAAUCUCAUUUUGUGACAAAGGGGGUCAGGCAGCAGCUGCAUCCAUGGGUCAAUUAAAUACUGACCUUUUUGGACAAAGAAAUAUAUAUAUAUAUAUGUUUUUAUAUAUAUAUAUAUAUAUAUAUAUAUAUAUAUAUAUAUAUAUAUAUAUAUAUAUAUAUAUAUAUAUAUAUAUCAGUCUCUUGCAAAAAAUGUACAAAUGUAAUUAUUUAAUAAGAGUUGAAGGAGAAAACAUUGUAUUUCCUUGAGACUGGUGACUGGUGGGUACUGAGUGGGGGGUGUCGACGGAUGCUGGAAGUGAGGGCUGGGAAAAUGUAAUGUUUGUCGGGCCUCCAAUGAAAUGGUAAUUAAGUAUCUGGAGUAGCCUAUACUAUUUUCUUGACUCACAUUGAUUUUAUAUGAGUAAAGGGCACAAUUUGAAUACAGACACACGCAGACACGUAUAUGUAUCUGACUGAAAAUAAAAUGACAAAUCGUACAGUACACAAAGGCACACACGUACACACUUAUUUAAGCACCAAGCUGUGUUUCGAUCUCCUGUCUUGUGUAAGAAAGUAUUAUUUAUUUGAAGAAAUAUAGUAUAUCUAAAUGCCAGGCUUAACAGGAUAGCAGUUAUGGAAUUAUGAACCAAUAAAAUAAGUGUAUUAU